UUACGUUAAUAAUUAAAAUAGUAAACUCGAAUUUCUAAAAAGUUGACCAAAACUCACCCUUAACAGUUUCCAUUUUCCUUCCUUUGGAGUCAUCGGCUCCCCGCCCGAGUACCCGAAAACAACCAGAAAUUACCCCAUGGCAGUUGCCACCACCGCCAGCACUAUCAGUUAGUUGCUGCCAACAUAUACGUCCACAUAUACAUACAACUGAAAUCGCAUCACCACCACCGACACACCUCGCACUCUCGGACGCUCUACGCCUCUCCGUCUCUCUUGUCCUUACACGCGAACGCACUGGUAUGUUAGUUUGAUCGGAUUCAGAUCUGAAGAAGACAGAGUGUGUGGUUGUGACUCGAGCGGUAUCGAAUUAGGGCGCGUUUUGACGGUGGAUGGAAAAUGGAGUACAUAGACAGAUUGCCGGCCAUGGAUCUGAUGCGCUCGGAGAAGAUGAUGCUUGUGCAACUCAUUAUCCCCGUCGAGUCCGCUCACCGCGCCGUAUCUUAUCUCGGCGAACUCGGUCUCCUCCAAUUCCGCGACUUAAAUGAUGAUAAAAGCCCGUUUCAGCGAACAUUUGUUAAUCAGGUUAAAAGGUGUGCAGAGAUGUCUAGGAAACUACGGUUUAUCAAAGAGCAGAUACAUAAAGCUGGUUUGACACCAUCUCCUAGUCCAGCCCCCCAACCUGAUAUUGACUUAGAAGAACUGGAGAUUCAACUUGAGGAACAUGAGCACGGGCUAAUAGAAAUGAAUGCCAAUAGUGAAAAACUGCAGCAAACAUAUAAUGAGCUGCUCGAAUUCAAGAUGGUCUUGCAGAAGGCAGGUGACUUCCUUUUGUCAACUGGGAGUCAUGUUGCAACCCAGGAGACAGAACUAGCAGAAAAUAUCCAUGUAAAUGAUGAUUAUGCGGAGACAUCAUCGCUACUUGAACAGGUAGGUUCUAAUUUUCAGGAGAUGCUACCUGGACCAUCAAAUCAAACUGGCGUAAGAUUUAUAAGUGGCAUUAUCUGUAAAUCUAAAGUUCUGAGAUUUGAAAGGAUGUUGUUUCGCACAACAAGGGGCAACAUGCUUUUCAAUCAGGCACCUACUGAUGAUCAAAUCCUGGAUCCUGCAACAAAUGAAUUGGUUGAAAAAAUAGUUUUUGUGGUAUUCUUCUCAGGUGAGCAGGCGAGAGUGAAAAUCCUGAAGAUUUGUGAAGCAUUUGGUGCAAAUUGCUAUCCAGUUGCAGAAGACACAAUCAGGCGGAGGCAAAUAACUCGAGAAGUUUUAUCACACUUGUCUGACUUGGAAACAACCUUAGAGGCUGGCCUCCGUCAUCGCGAUAAGGCUCUGAUCUCUAUUGGGUUCCACCUUGCUAAGUGGAUGAAUAUGGUGAGAAGGGAAAAGGCUGUUUAUGACACACUAAAUAUGCUGAACUUUGAUGUCACAAAGAAGUGCUUGGUUGGUGAGGGUUGGUGCCCCAUAUUUGCAAAGACUAAGAUUCAAGAAGCUCUACAACGUGCAACCACUGAUAGUAACUCACAAGUGGGUGUAAUAUUUCAUGUGAUGCAUUCAGUUGAGUCUCCUCCAACAUAUUUCAAGACCAACCAUUUGACAAAUGCAUAUCAAGAAAUUGUUGAUGCAUAUGGUGUUGCUAAAUACCAGGAGGCAAAUCCUGCUGUUUAUACUAUUAUAACGUUUCCAUUUCUUUUUGCUGUGAUGUUUGGGGAUUGGGGUCAUGGUAUAUGCUUACUAUUGGGAGCAUUAUUCCUUAUUGCCCGUGAGAAAAAACUCGGUUCACAGAAACUGGGAAGCUUCAUGGAGAUGCUAUUUGGUGGUCGAUAUGUCCUCCUCUUGAUGUCUCUCUUUUCAAUUUAUUGUGGUUUGAUAUACAAUGAAUUCUUUUCCGUUCCUUUUCACAUAUUUGGUAACUCUGCCUACAGAUGCCGAGACACCACAUGCAGUGAUUCACGUUCAGUUGGUUUAGUCAAAUAUCAAGAUACAUAUCCAUUUGGCGUAGAUCCAAGUUGGCGUGGAAGUCGUUCUGAGUUGCCUUUCUUGAAUUCUCUCAAAAUGAAAAUGUCUAUUUUGUUCGGUAUUGCACAGAUGAAUCUAGGAAUUAUACUAAGUUAUUUCAAUGCGCGCUACUUCGGCAACUCACUUGAUAUUAAGUAUCAGUUUGUGCCCCAGAUGAUCUUCCUUAACAGCCUAUUUGGAUAUCUCUCUCUUUUGAUCAUUAUAAAAUGGUGCAGUGGUUCUCAAGCAGAUCUCUAUCAUGUGAUGAUUUACAUGUUCUUAAGUCCUUUUGAAGAUUUAGGUGAAAACAAGCUAUUCUGGGGUCAGAAUGUACUUCAGGUUAUAUUGCUGCUUUUAGCUGUUAUUGCUGUCCCAUGGAUGCUCUUCCCUAAACCUUUUAUUUUAAAAAGACUUCAUACUGAGAGAUUUCAAGGUCGGUCAUACACGGCCCUUGGAACCUCUGACAUUUAUGAUGACGAGGAACCUGAUUCUGCAAGAGAACCACACCUUGAGGAGUUCAAUUUUAGUGAGGUCUUUGUGCAUCAAAUGAUACACUCCAUUGAGUUUGUGCUUGGUGCAGUUUCAAACACUGCAUCAUAUCUCCGGCUAUGGGCUUUGAGUUUGGCACAUUCAGAAUUAUCAACUGUUUUCUAUGAAAAAGUUCUCCUCCUUGCUUGGGGGUACGACAAUCUUGUCAUACGUUUAGUGGGUCUGGCAGUUUUUUCUUUUGCAACAGCGUUUAUACUACUCAUGAUGGAGACCCUCAGUGCUUUCCUCCAUGCUCUCCGUCUCCAUUGGGUGGAAUUUCAAAACAAGUUCUACAGCGGUGAUGGAUACAAGUUUAGGCCCUUUUCUUUUGCUGCAUUAAAUGAAGAUGAGGACUAGUACCUUCUUUGUGUCCUUUCUUUUUCGAAAUUUUUGUCAGGAAGUUGUACGCAAGAUGGAAAAUUUUGCAGCAGCAGUGGUGCAUAGUUGAAGCAUAUUUGAGCUAACUAAGGAUCUUUUACUUCUUGCCUUUAACAUGAUACGGGUCCAUUUGGGUUGCAAUCCUUGCUUAAGAUUGAUCGGAUGCAAUCGGCAGCUUAUCGGGAGAGCUUGUAAGUAAUUUUUCUCCUCUAAUCCAUUCCUCUCCUGUGCACAGAGGAAUUAGGAUUCAGCUUUUGUAAACAGGGACCCUUUAUGUCUUAAGAUAUCUACCCUGCCUUUUCUUUUUCUUUUGUUCAUUUAGGGGGUUACAUUUAUAUAAUUUUAACACAUAAAAACCCUUGCUCAAGAUACCUAUUGGCUACGUUUAGAUAGUUCUUCAUGUAAUAAAUAGUCAUAUUCUUAUAGAGUUGUGACUUUUGGAAAUAGAUUUGGCAAUUUACAUGUGCCAGAUUUGACUAUUGUGGCCUUGCAGUCCCAUGUGGUCUGUCAAUCACAAGCGGGGCCUGACUCGACAGCGUGCUAUUUGCUUAUAUGGAAGUCUGAUAUAGACAAAAAUUGGGAAGA